AUACCGCAGUGUACUCCGUGCGUUUUCCUUUCGUUCUCGUUCUCCGAUAAGCGAGGAAUAUAAUAACGCACUGCACGUAAAAGGCCGCGAGUCGCAGUGACGUGCCGUCGAGAAUUUUUCGCGACGCGCGAAUUUGUGUUCCGUCGCCAGGUCAUCGGAUUUGACGAGCUCCGAUCGAGCCGAGGAACGAUAACCUAAUUUGUUCGACGAUUACGUGAACUAUAGACGGUUGCUUAAUUCGCCUGUAGGACACACGUUCUUUUCAGGGGAAAAUGGAGAAGAACUUGGGUUUUGCUAACGCACAACCUUCGGCUCCUCUGCCAACUGCUCCACCGUCUUACGAGGAAGCCAUAGCUAACACAGGAGGAGCAUCUACGCACCCUCCAGUUAUUCCCUCACCGUAUCCCCCAGGAAAUGCGCCAAUACAAAUGCCUAUGCCAUACAAUCAACCACCAAAUCAAACGACGAUGCCUAUGCCAUCAGUUUUCCAGAGUUCGAGCCGACUAACAUCGCAAUCGCGUUUCAAUGCCGAAUCGAAUUCCGUACCACGGACACAAGUGCGGGUCAUUCAACAACACGUAGUGCUCGCCCUAGGGCCGAAUGCAGUGAAAAUGUCCUGUCCGACAUGUCACGCCGAUAUCAAAACUACCACAAUAUCGGAUCAUCAGCCAAGUGCUCACAUUUGCUGCGUCAUACUCUGCUUACUUGGAUGCUGCCUUUGCUCAUGCCUGCCAUAUUGUAUGAAUGCUUUCAUGAGUGUUCAUCACUUCUGUCCAAACUGCAAAAAUUACAUUGGCACAUGGAAAGGUUGAUUUUGUUCACGCGCAUACGUAAGUUCCAACCUCCCGCGUAUCGAGAUAUUUUGCAAUUCUACAAAAAGCUACUCGAUAUCCUUUGCUUAUCGCACAUAACAACGGAAAGAAAGGAUUAUUAAAAACAUCCAUGUAAGUUACAUAUUACAUGUUUGAUUCUUCAGACUUGGAAAGAUUACUAUGUUACAACAUGCAAAUGAUAUCAAACACAAGUCCUGGUUAAUCUAACGUGAUACGAAUUGUAGAUAUUGAUGAGUAUUGAGAACUCUGAUGAGUAUUGUGAACUUUUGUAUGACAAAUGAAUGACAUGAUAUCACUAAUAUCACGGACUUUUAUAUAGUAAUAAUAUACUAGAUUGUUAGUGUGCGCAACAUACUUUACAAUUUAUAAUUGUAAAGCAAGAAGUGAUACAAAGUGUGAUUGUAAGGAAAGGAUUACAGGUAUAUUUUGCAAAGGCAGAUUAUAUUCUUAUUUAUAUGCGAAAAGAAUUGAUAUUUUUUUUCCCUUUUUUA